UGUGGCCCUGGUUACGCCUCCUCUGGCUCAGUCACACAGCUACCUGGUAGGUGACUGGAGGUGUAUAGUUGUCCUCGCCUGGAUUGUGCUGAUGUGGCCCCAACCCCACCGCCCUACCCAUCCCAUGAUGUCCGAAGAAACCCCACAGAUCAAAUUGGCCAAGGCCAAGGAAAAGUUGAGAGACUCUCAUCCCCAGGCCAACCCUCGUGUUGGUCCAGGAGCAAGCGACACCAAAAAGAAGAACAUAAAUAAUGGCGCUAACCCUGAGACAACCACUUCUAGUGGUUGCCACUCACCUGAGGAUGAAAAGAAGGCAAGACACCAACCUCAGGAUGCCCGAAGGAGGGAGCUAGAGGCCCAGGCUCAUACCACACAAAUCCUUACAUUUCAGCAAACGGAGCUUCAGGCGGCACUGUAUGACAGCCAGCAUGCUGUCCAGCAGUUGCAAGGAGAGACCAGGUAUCUGGUGUGCCGCCUCCAUGAAUCAUGGAAGUUUGCCGGAGAAUUAGAGCGGGCCCUCUCUGCUGUCACUACACAGAAGAGGCAGGCAGACAGGUACAUUGAGGAGUUAAUGAAGGAGAGGGACGCCCUGAGUCUGGAACUGUACAGGAACACCAUAAUCGAUGAGGAGCUGAAGGAGAAAAAUGUCAAACUACAAGAGAAACUUCGACUUGUAGAAUCUGAAAAGUCGGAGAUCCAGCUCAAUGUAAAGGAGCUAGAAAGAAAGCUGGAGAGGGCCAAGCUCCUGCUGCCACAGCAGCAGCUGCAGGAGGAGGCUGACCACCUGGGUAAGGAGCUUCAGAGUGUGUCAGCAAAGCUCCAAGCCCAGGUGGAAGAGAA